AUGUCCGGAUUUGUUCUGUUCUUCUGUUUAUUGAUUCAUUCGAUAUUUGCCCCGUGUCCCGAUGGAACUGUGGAUGAUUAUCAGGAGAUGUGCCUUGUCCCCCACAACAAAACUUUCACGUUCGCCCAGGCUCAACUCCUCUGCAAUCAAACCCAGGGCACCGUUGUCCCCAUUGACAACGUUUUCACGAAUCGUUUGACUCAACGGCUGGCUGACCAAGAUUUCCAAAACAACACUUUCAUCGACGCAUUUCGUGGACCAAAUGGGAAUUGGACAUACACCAGUGGUCGACAGCUCAUCUAUCUCUCAUGGGCAACUGGCGAGCCCAAAAACGGUCUCAAUUGUGCCUACAUGGAUCACGUGUCGGGCAAUUGGUAUGCAACGGAUUGCUCGACCACAAUGCUGCCCGUUGUCUGCGGUGUCCCCGAGGAUGUUUUUAUCCCAACCACCAUUCCGACCACUGCAUUUGUGCCGAGGAAAUGCUUCUUCUGCUACCCGGGUGCCGAUAAUAUCCUCUUCAUUCUGGACGUCUCGAUGAACAAUAAAUAUUGGAAACAGGUGGUCAAAGGACUCAGCGAGGUGGCCGGCAACUGGUCAGGCUUCGACCGAAUCGCUGUCCUCGGCUAUGGAGACCUGAUUUUCGACGUCUGCAGAUAUCGCACUUUGAUCACUGUGUUGGAAUUCGAGAACGUUCUCGACGCGAUGGGUCCGAGGGACAAACAUCCUCCGAGCAUCGCCACGGCCCUAAUGGACGCUCAAACUUUUGUCCCCCCGAACAUGUUGUACACGGGAAAACAGACGACAAUUCUCAUCUCGGCUGUCGGCGAUCCUGAUGAUAUUCAAGAGGCCAAGCCCUACGCGAAAAUUCUCCAAGAUCAGGGUGCUUUGAUUGUCGUUUCGUUGAAUUACCAGGUUGAUGCCUUGUCGACGCUGACAUCCCCGGGCUGGGCGAUGAAUUGGAAUAAUGUUUACGAUUCGAGACCGUUGAGAGAUUUUCUAGACAAUCUCUUGAGCCAA